CCGCAGGACGACCGUCGCGGCCUGAUGACGUCGCACAAUGGCCGGCCCCCGCGGGUAGUGGAGCCCGUUUGUUCCGCCCGCGUCGCGCCUCAAGCCGGAGCCUGUGAGGAGCGGAAGGGCCGAGGGACGCCUUCCCCGCGCCGCCCCGACGCCAGCGGAGCCGUGGCCCCCUCCCCGCCCUCGCGCUGAAACCUGUGGGUACCGAUGGAUGUGGCCGAGAGCCCUGAACGGGACCCUCGCUCUCCAGAGGACGAAGAAGAGGAGCAGCAGGGGCUCUCGGACGAUGACAUUCUGAGGGAGAGCGGGUCCGACCCGGACUUGGACCGAGCUGGGGGGAGGGCGUCUGAUUUGGAGGACGAGGACCACGCCGGCCCGGGACUGAGCCAGGAGGAGGAGGACAGUCACUCUGAAGAGGAGGACCCGGCCCGGGACCUGAGCAGGGACCCCACAAGCCCCCCGCCUGGGGAGGAAGAGCGCACGAGCGACCUGAGGGACGAGGCCUCGUCGGUCACCAGGGACCUGGACGAGCAUGAGUUAGACUACGAUGAGGAGGUCCCCGAGGAGCCGGCCCCCGCCGGGCAGGAGGACGAGGCCGAGAAGGCCGGAGCCGAGGAUGACGAGGACAAGGGGGAAGGAGCUCCUGGGGACGAGGGGGCGACAGGCGUUCACAGUGUGGAAGACAAGGAGCCCCUGGAGACCGCCAAGGAGAAAAACAAGGAGGAUGAUGAUGGGGAGCUGGACGACGGGGAGCUUGAUGAUGAUGAUCUGGAGGAGGGCGAAGUAAAGGACCCCAGUGACCGGAAGGUGAGGCCGCGCCCCACCUGCCGAUUCUUCAUGAAAGAUGUUGUGGCAGCAUUGUCCACUCCUCUUGCACCAGUGUCACAUUCCAUGCCCUUCAGAGGCCAGGGGACAGGGAACUGCACGUGGGGAAUGAACUGUAGGUUUAUACAUCCCGGAGUCAACGACAAGGGCAACUAUUCCUUAAUCACCAAAGCCGAACCUUUCCCGCCUAACGGCGCCCCGCCUCUCGGACCUCACCCGCUGAUGCCCGCCAACCCGUGGGGUGGGCCAGUAGUUGAUGAAAUUUUGCCUCCACCCCCUCCAGAGCCCCCCACAGAGAGUGCCUGGGAACGAGGACUCCGGCACGCGAAGGAGGUUUUAAAAAAAGCAACCAUUCGAAAAGAACAGGAGCCUGAUUUCGAAGAGAAAAGGUUUACGGUGACCAUUGGCGAAGACGAACGGGAGUUUGACAAGGAGAAUGAAGUUUUUCGAGAUUGGAAUUACCGGAUCACCAGAGAUGUCCGAGACACAGUACUCGAGCCUUACGCGGACCCGUAUUACGACUACGACAUCGAGCGCUUCUGGCGCGGCGGGCACUACGAGAACUUCCGGGUGCAGUACACGGAGACGGAGCCGUACCAUAACUACCGGGACCGGGAGCGCGAGCGGGAGCGCGAGAACCGACAGCGGGAGCGCGAGCGGGAGCGGGAGCGGGACCGAGAGCGGGAGCGCCGGCAGCGGGAGCGAGAGCGGGAGCGAGAGCGGGAGCGGGACAAGGAGCGGCAGCGGAGGAAGGAGGAGUGGGAGAGAGAGCGAGCCAAGCGGGACGAGAAGGACCGGCAGCACAGAGACCGUGACCGCGAGAAGGAGCGCGAGAAGGAGAAGGAGAAGCCGAAGCCCCGUUCCCCGCAGCCGCCAAGCCGUCAAGCUGAGCCACCAAAGAAGGAGGCCGCCGCUGCGGGACCGCAGGUGAAGCGAGCGGAUGAGUGGAAGGAUCCUUGGCGCCGGUCCAAGUCUCCCAAGAAGAAACUCGGGGUGUCCGUCUCCCCUAGCCGGGCACGAAGGCGCCGGAAAACAUCAGCCUCGUCAGCCUCUGCCUCUAAUUCCUCCAGGUCAUCGUCACGGUCGUCCUCGUACUCCGGCUCCGGCUCGUCCCGCUCGCGCUCCCGCUCGUCCUCCUACAGCUCCUACUCCAGCCGGUCUUCCAGACGCAGCUCGUUCUCAGGCAGCCGGUCCAGGUCCCGCUCCUUCUCCUCGUCUCCCUCCCCGUCUCCAACGCCGUCCCCACACAGACCUUCUGUUAGAACCAAGGGGGAGCCUGCUCCGCCGCCUGGGAAAGCAGGAGAAAAGUCAGUGAAGAAGCCAGCCCCACCUCCAGUCCCACCUCAGGCCCCCAAAACCGCUGCUCCAGCCCCCGAGCCCACCAAGCCAGGAGACCUGCGGGAAGCCAGGAGGAGGGAGCGGCAAGCUAGGACCCCCCCCAGGAGGCGGACGGUCAGCGGCAGCGGCAGCGGCAGCAGCUACAGCGGCUCCAGCUCCAGAUCCAGGUCCCUGAGCGUGAGCAGCGUCUCCUCGGUGUCCAGCGCCACGUCGAGUAGUAGCUCGGUGCACAGCGUGGACUCAGACGACAUGUACGCAGACCUGGCCAGCCCCGUGUCCUCAGCAAGUUCGCGGUCCCCCACCCCAGCCCAGACCAAGAAGGAGAAAGGAAAGUCUAAAAAAGAAGAUGGGGUCAAAGAGGACAAGCGGAAAAGGGACUCGUCCGCACAGCUGCCCAAGUCCUCGAGGCCCUCUGCCGGCGGUAAACCCCAGCAGCCCACGGCCCCCCAGCAGGCGGCCCCCGGGCAGCCCCAGCAGGGCACGUUUGUCGCCCAUAAGGAGAUCAAACUGACGCUGUUGAACAAGGCGGCCGAUAAAGGGGGCAGGAAGCGGUAUGAACCGUCCGACAAAGACAGGCAAAGUCCUCCUCCAGCCAAGCGGGCCAACUUAUCCCCAGACCGAGGUUCUCGGGACCGGAAGUCCGGCGGGAGACUCGGCUCCCCAAAGUCAGAGCGGCAGAGAGGCCAGAAUUCUAAGGUGCCUGUGGCCCCACCAGACAGGAAGCGCCAGAUGUCACCCCAGUCCAAGAGCUCCAGUAAGGUCACAAGCGUCCCCGGCAAAGCCUCCGACGCUGGCCCCGCCAGCUCCGCGUCCGCCGGCACGAAGUCCGGGAAGGCCAGCACGCUGUCGCGGCGCGAGGAGCUGCUGAAGCAGCUCAAGGCCGUGGAGGACGCGAUCGCGCGCAAACGCGCCAAGAUCCCCGGGAAGGUGUAGGCCCCGCCGCGGGCGCUCGUGUGUUUGGGACUGGCGCGAGCACAGCCGUCUGGGAUUUUGAAGUUAAUGUCUCAUUUUGGCUGUGAAUCUUUUUAAAAAUUAAAAAAGAAAAAAACAGUUUCUCAGCUGGAAAAGAAGCCACCGUGAUGAAGAUGAUGCCGUAUCCCGGUCUCCUCCCAACCUGGCCGGACUGACGCGGCCCGUCCCGGAGCAGAGGUCCUGCCGGACAGAGGCAGGCCG